AAAAAAAAGGGUUUUGUUCCGAAGCAACGAACUGCCUUUCCCGUCAGCAGCAGCUGCAGCUGCUGUUCGUCUUCAUCCUCCCCAUCCUGACUGAUUUCCUCUCCCCAAUUCGCAAACUUCCCCCUCACUUCGCUGCAUCUCAUCACCACGGGCCUCAUCGCGAGGACAGGGCCAGCGCUCUCUCCCUCGCUCCGCCUUUACUGCUGACGGCGACGACUGGACGAGCUCUGCCUCCGCCCCUACGCCAACGUCAGGUGCCCAGGUCUUCGUCGGGCCCUUCGCCAGGUCUUCCUCGGGCACUUCACCCGCGACGAGCACCCAUCAGGUGUGCCCACCCCCUUCCUGCUGUGCGAAACUGAGCGCCCAAGCCCUAAUGAGUAAAAUGGAUGAGACUGUUCCUGCUUUGGUUACCGGCCAAGCUUCAACUGAUGCCGUGACGGAGCAGCCUGUGAAUGUGUACAUAUGGGACAUGGAUGAGACACUAAUUUUGCUCAAGUCACUUCUGGAUGGCUCAUAUGCUGGGGCUUUUGAUGGCCUCAAGGAUCGUGAGAAAAGUACUGAAAUAGGGAAGCGAUGGGAGAACCUCAUUCUUGAACUCUGUGAUGAGCACUUCUUUUAUGAGGAGAUUGAGAACUACAAUGAACCCUAUCUCAAUGCUUUGAAUGAAUAUGAUGAUGGGAGAGACUUGACCUCAUAUGAUUUUGAGGCUGACAGUUUUAGUUCACCCUAUGAUGAUGCGAACAAAAAGAAGCUUGCUUACAGGCAUCGUGCUAUUGGAGAGAAAUAUGCAAAGGGUUUGGAAAAGAUUCUGGACCAACACAUGGUCAAAGUCUGCAAUGAUCAGUACAGUUUGACUGACAAAUAUACUGAUGGCUGGCUGUCUUCAGCUCAUAAGCUAUUGGAAGAAGCAUUGGGCAAAUCAGCAUCAGCACCUACUGCCAAGUCUUCAAGCAUCAAUUGCAUAGUUACAUCAGGGUCACUGAUUCCAAGCCUUGCCAAAUGUUUGCUGUAUCGCUUGGAUGAUGUGGUCUCGUCUGAUAAUGUUUAUAGCUCAUGGGAAGUGGGUAAGCUGCAGUGCUUCAAAUGGAUCAAGGAGCGCUUUGAUGGUCCAAAUGUCCGCUUCUGUGCAAUCGGUGACGGGCAUGAAGAAUGCACUGCUGCACAGAUCAUGAAAUGGCCAUUCAUCAAGAUUGAGUUCCGCCCCGAAGCCCAUCACAGGUUCCCUGGCCUAGACAUGCCCACAGUGCAGACCUACAUGGAUGUGAUAUAUGAGUCAUCAAGCAAAGAUGGUUGACCAACGAUUCAUGUUGGUUCUGUGUUUCUCCUCUGACCUCCAGCACCCAUGGAGCUCUUGUUUGAGGAAACCUGUAAGCAAAGAGACGUCGUGGGAAAGGAACAUGUCGUCCUCCCUCGAUCUUUACCUUGGCGAAUUAGGAGGCAGGUGUGAUAAAUAAGAGUCAUACUAGUUCUUGUCAUAGAUCCUGUCCUGUGUUUCCAUGUUACUGUGAUUCAGGCAAUUGUGUAUUGUCCGGGCAUUAUUUCCCAUGUUGUGCAUUGCCAAUUUGCCAUUUUCAAUUUCUGUGUGUGUAUAUAUGCUUCAUAUUAGGUUUAUAGGUGGAUGCGACCGCUUGUUUAAACAGGAUGUGGUACAUGCAUUAUUCUGGGAGAUUAGAACCAUAAGUUAGGCUAUUUGUGUUGCGAUGUUCUAGCCA